UCUUUNUUUUUUUUUUUUGGUGCAACUCUUCUAGAUUUGUUUUCUCCGUAUGUAUGAAAAAUGGUGUUGUUUUGUUGACUUUUGUCGAUCAUAUGAAGUAGUAUCAUCAUCUCUUAUUUAUUAAAGGGAUGUGCCAAAAUAUAUAGAUAGAGAGAGAGGUUUUAUAUUGACUUUUAUGAGAGUAGGUUACAUACAUCAUUAGUCGAUUUGUCUCACCAAAUUGAUGAUGGGUCUCUAACUCAUACGCUCACAGUGACGUCAAUUAAACAAAUAAUGAGUAAACGUUUUUUCAGCUUUUUUUUUUUUCAUUCAAUUAAAGAAGAAUAAAUAGUGUCACUCUCGGAUCUCUUUAUAAACUGGACACCGCCCUCAAAAUCCCCCAACCUUCGUUGUCUCUCUCUCAAAUCUCAAUGUCGCUCCGGUCGCAGAAAAACGUAAAGUCGUCAGAAUUCCAAUACCACGAGGAAUACAUAAGAAAUGAGAGAGGUGUUGAGUUGUUCGCUUGUAGAUGGAUCCCUUCAUCUUCUUCUCCUAAAGCUCUCGUUUUCCUCUGCCAUGGUUACGGUAUGGAGUGUAGCGACUUCAUGAAAGAAUGCGGAAUCAGACUGGCCUCAGCCGGAUACGCUGUUUUCGGUUUGGACUAUGAAGGUCAUGGAAGGUCAAUGGGAUCUCGCUGCUACAUCAAGAAGUUUGAGAACGUUGUCAAUGAUUGCUACGACUACUACACCUCUAUUUGUGCGCAAGAGGAGUACAUGGAGAAAGGCAGAUUCUUGUAUGGAGAAUCCAUGGGAGGUGCAGUCACCCUAUUGCUUCACAAAAAAGAUCCUUCGUUUUGGAACGGCGCCAUUCUUGUUGCUCCAAUGUGUAAGAUAUCCGAGAAGGUGAAGCCACACCCGGUGGUGAUUAGUGUGUUAACUAGAGUUGAAGAAAUCAUACCGAAAUGGAAAAUAGUUCCAACAAAAAACGUGAUCGACGCUGCUUUCAAGGACCUGGUCAAGCGAGAAGAGGUAAGGAACAACAAACUGAUAUAUCAAGAAAAGCCGAGGCUAAAAACAGCACUUGAGAUGCUCAGGACAAGCAUGAACCUGGAAGAUACUCUCCACGAGAUAACAAUGCCUUUCUUUGUAUUACACGGAGAAGCAGAUACAGUGACGGAUCCAGAGAUAAGCAAAGCAUUGUACGAGAAAGCUAGCACAAGGGACAAGACACUCAAGUUGUAUCCAGGGAUGUGGCACGCUCUGACGUCAGGUGAGCCUGACUGUAACGUUGACCUCGUGUUUGCUGACAUCAUCACAUGGCUUGAUCUUCGAACCGCUGACCCAGCCUCUCUCACUGUCACUCCUAUACGAGUAACUACCACCACGAGUACGAGCACCCAGAGGGUUCCGGUUAACGGAGUUAGUGACAACACUCGAGGGAGGCCUAAACGUCCCUACUUGAAUCUCCUUUGUGGUUUGAACCGUGGCCGUCUGGUUAAAAUUAGCAAGGAAUAAAAACAAGAAAUUUGUGUAAAAGAAAAGAGUGAGAGAGAUAUGAUGAUUUCGUACAAUGGUUUGUUAAAUAAAUGUCUAUCACAAAAAAAA